AUGGCGUGUCGUCCGGAGAAUCAGACCCCAGAAGAGAAGCAGUUCUGCGAGUUCGCCCAUGCGCUCCGUCCGGCCUACAACAGAGACUACCUCGACUCGUACCUUCUCGGACCGCUCAACCCAGGUAACCGCAACUUCCCCCGUUCCAAUCUAACUUUUUUGUUGCAGAGCAACUUGCCAACUACAUCUAUCACAACAAAACUCAUCACGGAUGCGACGUCCGCGAGCAGCUCGGUCAUCUCAUCCGAAUUAUGGAGAGCAGAGCUUGUGAGUUGAAAAACUUUAGAAGAAUAAUAUCAACAAUAUGAUGACUACUUUUAGGCCUCGGAUUCCACUACGACAUUAACGGGGUGAGGAAAAUCGUCGAGAAGAAAGUCAAUAGCGUUAGUUAUUUAGCCUCCCUCUCAAUUUCAGUUUAUUCCUUUUCCAGAUGAUCAAAAAGGCUGCUCAGGUGAACGAAGUCAGUAACACCUUCCAGAUGGCCUGCUUCAUUCCGAUCUCAAUGAACGCUCGCACUCGCUCUCGUCGCCAGCAGAAGCCAAGCACGUCGAAUGAAGACGACUCCAUCCUACCGGAUGUGACCGGAAUCGGCUCCAACACGCCAAAGAAGUAUCACAUCCGCCGUAGGCCCAACACGAAUGCAGCUUCGAACCAAUAA